AUGACGACGACGACGAAAGGUUUAAAAAGAAGAACGAGGAGGUUUAAACAACCGUUAUUUUCGUCGUCGUUUUUCUUCUUCCUUUUCUCUUCUUUAGCGAUGAUGAUUACGUGGAGAAAAAACGACGUUUACGAUGGAUUCUUUGUCGCGGAGGCGUUGGAAUUCGAUCUCGUGCACCGCGGAGACUCGGAGUACGACGACAUGAAGUGCGUCUCGGAAGAACACAACGAGCGCGCGAUAGUAUUAUUUUCGUUUAAAUCUAUAGAUAACGUGAAGUUGUCGAUUAAACUGUUCGAUCCGAACGAGAAAGUGGUGAAGCAGUUUGAGGACGUUUCGGAGGGUGAUUACGGCUUCACCGCGGAGGUUGGCGGCGAUUACAAGGCGUGCUUUUUUGCGGCGCAAAUACCGGCGGAAGAUCGCGCGAAGCACCGAGUGAGUUUGGAGUGGAAGUCUGGAGUCGCGGCGACAACGUGGGGGAAGAUUGCAAAGGAGACAGACGUGGACGUGUUUACGAAGUCGUUGCGAAGGUUGGAGGCGGAUUUGAUCGAAGUGCACGAGACGAUGUUGGAGUUGAGGAAAUUGGAGGCAGACAUGCGAGAUAAGAACGAGGCGACGAAUUCCAGAGUCGUUUGGAUGGGAUUGAUUAGUUUGGUCGUUUGCGUUGGGCUGGCAUUUUGGCAGAUUUUCUACUUGAAGGCGUUCUUCAAGAGGAAGAAAGUUUUGUGA